AUGAAAGAGGGGACGGAUAUUCUGGAUCAUGCGACGUACAUGACCUCGUUGGCUGAACAGUUGCAAGAGUUAAAAGAAGAAAUUUCUGAUCAAAAAUUCGCUACAGUCGUACUUAGAAGUCUUCCAGAAUCAUACAAUAAUUUUAUAUCUAGUUUAAACGCAAGGACAGUCGAAGAAUUGAAAUGGGACAAUAUCAAAGGCGUGUUAAUGAAAGAGUACAUGAAAUGGAAAGAGAAACAAGGUCAUGGUCAUGACCAAGAUUCCAGUCGAAACGAAGCAUUUUUCAAGUAGGGGAAAUUUCUCAGGUAGGGGAAAUUUCUCAGGUAGAGGGAGAACUUAUCAACAUGGUGGUCGAUAUCAGGAAAAUAAUUAUCGACAGGACGCUCGCCAUAAAACAGAUCAUGUGCAAGGUCAAAGAUGUUAUAAAUGUCAGCACAUUGGUCACAUUGUUAAGAAAUGUCCACUAUGUGUCAGAAGAAAGUACAGGAUUAAAACAAGAGAUAGCUCUAAACUCUACAUCAACAUCUAGUAAGCAAAAUUAUCAUUGGUUUAUUGACAGUGGUGCAACAAAGCACGUGGCAUUCCAAAGACAUCUAAUUGUUGAUAAUGUUGAGUGCAAGCAACCAUCAAAGAUAUAUCUUGGUGAUAACAGAGUGAUUCAAGCACAAAGAGAAGGCAAAGUGAGAUUACAGUGUUAUGAUGAAUCAAGUGUUGUUACAUCGGUGUUGAAUAAAGUAUUGUAUGUACCUGAAAUUACGAAGAAUUUGUUGUCGAUCUCAGCUAUGACACAAAUGGGAGCGAAUGAUUGA